AUGUGCACUCUGUGGAGCUCUGAGGAGGAUCUGAUAGAAGACCUAUGCAACGUCACCUUGCCUGCCUUGUUGGUGUUUCAGCGCAAUGGUGCCAGCUUCUCUGAGGUGGAGUUAAAUCUUGAGCCGCCUGCAAGUGUGAAAUCCAUUUCCUUCAAGACUGGCAAGGACGACCCUGGCUUUGAUCCUGUGUGCUGGAAGGUGGAGGGCUUUGUCACAGAUGAGACUGAUGAAGCUGGUGGAAGGUGGAAGCAACUUGUGUUUCAAGACAAGCCGUACUUGCCACCGACCAGACGUGAGACUGAGCUCUGUGUGGUCUUUGAUGUGGAGCGUUGGCGAACAGAGACAAAGGCUGGCAGCAUCACGCUUCAAUCUUUCCUACCAGUGGUGCAAGAGCGUCUCAGCUUCUUCACAGCGUCUCUCCGGAGCCUUCUGGGGUCUAGUGACAAAUAUAGCAUACGUCCUGGCAUUGACACGCUCUUGGACAGCCAUGUGGGGAACAUCCCUUCUCUGACACAGGUGAUCCCGUGCUACAAUGAGACUGUCAUACUCAGCAAGAAGUUCCUGCGAGAUGAAGAUGGGACAAAUACAAAUCUUGCUUUUAUCAUCUCCCAGUUCCCUGAUGAGUGGCGAUUCUUCUGUGACAGGCACAGCUAUUCCGUCAAGGAUAUGUACAACGCGUUCAUGGGCAGCAGCGGCCAAGAAUUGUCAUCCAGCUUGUGCAUGGAGGUUCGCAUGUGGGCAUCGAUGAGGUCGCAGACAGUGGCAAGGACUGUGGUCGGUGCAAUGCAAUACCAAGAGGUGAUUGCCAUGCUGCCAAGCGUGCAGGCCUCGAGGAACCCACACAAGGCACUGGAAGACUGCGUGGAGCUAGUUCUAGCACAUCAGACUUAUGGUAGCAAGGCCGGCUCUGAAGAGAAUGAUCGGGCAGUGCGGUACCUACUUGCAAAGUAUCAAGACAGAUCGUUCUACCUGGUCUUCGACUUUGACAUCGACAAGACGCGAUCAAGCAUCACCAGCGCAGUGCAGAAUUUUGUGAAAGAGAAGUACCGGUAUGAUCGGCCUGUCCGCUACGCGAGUGUCUUGGCCCGCCUCCGUGCUGACACCAAGUGUUCGGAGGAGGUGCCAGACAGCCGCCUCGAGCUCAUUGAAGUGCUGCCCAGGUGCUUCCCGCUGCUGGUGGGCACCCCCGGCUUCAUGACACAGGGCAAGGCGGGUAACCAACUCGGUGCUCUGCGGUUUUCAAGGGGCCACUUCUUGCAGAUGAUGGAUGCCAACAUGGGCGCAUUUUUGGGGGAGGCCAGCAAGGUGCCCUUCAUUCUGCGCCGCUUCCAGCCACACUGGUACGACAGGACCGAGAGGAAAGGCAAGCCAACAGAUCGCAUGUCGCGGUAA